GAAACCAGCCCACCUUGGGAGUGUCCUUUUUUCACAGGUGUCCCUUUUUAGGAGGUGUAUUAGUAAGGAGCAGCACAGUGCGUCAUUUAGUUGGAGGGGCCUUUUUGGAGGUUCCACUGUGUAUCUUUGUGUUUUUAUUGCCAUGUUAGCCUUCUUUAUAUCAUUCUUCAUCCACCCCCUCUGUCUAUAUGACUUCUUCCCUCUGGGUGUGACUUCAUUUCCCUAUCUCUACCACCAGAUCUCCCUACUUGCUGGUGACCAGUUCCCUGAAGAUAUACAAGAUGCCUAUGACAGGUGCAGACUCCCAGGCUGCACUCGAAAUAAUAGCGGCUGACAAUGGCAUAUCAGCCAUUGCCUUUCACUACAGGUUGGGUUACAUCUUUUGGAUCAAUGUACGAGAUCGCUGCAUCAAGAGAGCUAACAUGGACGGUACCAACAUCACGACUUUAGUCAUGGGAGACCUAUCAAAGCCUGCUGACUUGGCAGUGGAUUGGAUCCACGAUAAACUCUAUUGGAGCGACUCUGGUUUCAAGAGAAUUGAAGAAGUAGACCUCCAUACAAAUGAAAGGAGAAUUGUUGUUCAGUUGGACUCUGGCAGUAACCCAGUGGGUCUUGCCGUAUAUCCUACCAUGGAGCAUGGUGUUCUGUAUUGGACGGACAGUGGUAACCGUAAUCUGCAGAGGAUCCUCAAUACAGGCACUUCUCAUGCUGUCAUUCACCAAGCCAACUGUGUUCAGCCAAUUGCCCUUAAACCUACGAGAGAGAAUGGUGUACUGGGGAGACCAGUGUACAUAUUCCAUAGAGUCCGUCUUGAUCAACGGGACCAGCCAUAG